AUUCUUGCUUUGAUUGUUUCUUGCGCAGAAAAGUCUUCGUAUUACCGGAACAUUGUUUUAACUAAAUGCGCUGACCGACCAUCCUUGUGUGCUUUCUUUAAAGCUAUACAACAAGAUGAUUGCGCUGACGAGAAAGAGAUUGAAAUCUUGAAAGGUAAAAGUGAACCACUUAUCUUGGAACUUGGUCUUCUCAUCGAGGUCUUGGCGUGCAAAUAUGACAUGGGUGAGGUGAUAUAUAGACUUGGUUUGUCCAUCUCCAAGUUACGGAAAGAAGUCGAAGCCGAGGCACAGAACGACCGUCUAUACCGCCCACUACUCUUACUCGUUGAAAACGCCGUGCUAGUGGUCAAAAUAAAACAAGAGAGUCCAGCAGCGCUGCAGCACGCUCUUGAUAAUUUUGUAGAAGAAAACGGUCGGCUAAACUCGGAUACAGCCUUAAGGUGCUAUCAUAAUGGAGAAUGUCUAUCGAGACAGAUGAAUUAUGAGGAUUCCCUGAGAUAUCAUUAUGAAGCAUUAGACAUCAGACUGAAGCUUUAUGGCCACAACUUAGAUAUCGCCGACAACUACUACCAGAUUGGAUAUAUCCAAUAUUUCAAAAAUGAUUACGAGUCAGCACUGAAGUCGUUCAAGAAAGCACUUGUCAUCAGACAAAAUCUUCACGGGAAAAUUCACCCAGUGCGAGACGUUUUCCGCAAUUGCCAUGAAAUGAUUGGAACAACAGAGUAUUAUUUGAAAGAGUACGAUUCAGCUGUGCAUUGGCACCAGCUAUCCCUGGAUAUUAGCGUGGCGCUCUAUGAAAAGGAACACCCAGUCGUCGCUGAUAGCUACUUCAGCAUUGCAAAAUGCCAGUGCGAAAUGCAAGAUUAUGAUUCUGCUCUGGAGUCAUGUCAACAUGCACUUGAUAUCAGGUUAAAGCUUUUUGAACAGGAGUGCGUAUUUACAAGCAACAGUUAUGACCAAAUGGAAUUUAUACGUACUAAUCUAAAGAAAGUUUGCGAAUCAUCUCUCGAGCUUCAAAGCAAAAAUUCGCUUUCUUACUUUAAGAAAAAAAAAAUUAUUUUAAGAAAUUUUUCUCAAAUAAAUCCAAAUUUCUUGGGAGAAUAA